AUGAAAAUUUUGAUUCUCAUUCUAUUGACAUUAUCAUUAGCCAAAGAAGAUUAUUAUAAAAUCUUAGGAUUAUCAAAAGGAGCUGAUUUGGAGAGUGUAAAAAAAUAAUUUAGGAAAUUAUCAUUGAAAUAUCAUCCUGAUAAAAAUCAUUCUCCUGGAGCUCAUGAAAAGUAUUAAAAAAUAACUCAUGCUUAUUAAGAAAUAAUAGAUGGUAAUGCAGAUAAAGAAGAUGAUGAUAUGCUUUUCAAUAAUAGGCGAUAUUCUUAAACAUUUACCAGAACAUAUACAUUUACUGAUGAUCCAUUCAGAAGAACUUAUAAUUCAUACACAGAAUUUCCUAAUCAAAAAUAAGAUAGCUUCUUAAAUCUCAACUCUAUUUUUCUAAUUGGGAUUGUAUUACUUUUCGGUUUUCUGAUUACAAACAUCAUGAGUAAUAUUUAAUAAGAGGAAGGUAAAUAAAAUUAGUCAGCAAAUCAAUAACAACAGCAUAAUUAAUAAUAAGAAAAUUAACAGCAUCAAAGUCAACGACAAGACCAGAGUUAGACUUAAUAAAAGUAACACACGAAAUUGAACCAGGAUAUUAAGGAGAAGGUUUCAAAUAUUUCUUCCUAUACAGAAUCUAAUCACAGAUUCUAAUUUUAUGAGAAUUUUAACUAAUGA